GAGUCGAAUUUGAGCCUUUGCAUCGAAAACGGUUUUCUGUCCGGGUCUUGGGUGAUGUGUGUUUAUUGAGUGUGUGAUAGAUUAUUUUGAAAAAUAGUGUAAUUUUCAAGUGUCCUGCUUUUGUGUGAUAAUGGCCACGGCGUUUCCGCCGUCGCCCGCGUGAACCACUAAGACUCUUGCGCAGUGAACCAAACGGCCCGCCGCCUUACGCGUCACCCGACCACGAUGAAAAUGGUGUUGUCACAACGGCAACGAGAGGAGCUGAACAAAGCGAUCGCCGACUACCUAGGCAGCAAUGGCUACACGGACGCGCUGGAAGCGUUCAAGAAGGAAGCUGAUAUGACCGGCGAGAUGGAUCGCAAGUUCGGCGGCCUACUCGAGAAAAAAUGGACCUCUGUCAUCCGCCUACAGAAGAAGGUGAUGGAACUAGAGGCGAAGCUGUCUGAAGCGCAAAAGGAGUUUAUGGAGGGCGCGCCGACGCGAGGGAAACGUACACCUGCCGAGUGGAUUCCGCGCCCACCGGAGAAGUUUUGUCUUACGGGCCAUCGAGCCACCAUUACUAAGGUAAUAUUUCAUCCAGUAUUCAGUUUGAUGGUCUCCUCGAGCGAGGAUGCAACUAUCAAAGUAUGGGACUUCGAAAGCGGCGAGUACGAACGAACCCUAAAGGGACACACCGACUCCGUUCAGGACAUCGCCUUUGAUCAUCAUGGAAAACUACUUGUAUCUUGCAGCGCGGAUAUGUCGAUCAAGCUGUGGGAUUUUAACCAGACGUUCGAAUGUGUGAAAACGAUGCAUGGCCACGACCACAACGUCUCAUCAGUCGCAUUCUCACCCAGCGGCGACAUCGUCUACUCCGCCAGUCGUGAUAAGACCAUCAAGGCUUGGGAGGUAGCUACAGGUUACUGCAUUAAGACUUACAAAGGUCACCGUGAGUGGGUGCGCAUGGUGCGCGUAUCACCGGACGGCACGCUGCUCGCUUCCUGCUCCAACGACCAGACCGUGCGCAUAUGGAACGCCGAGACUAACGAGUGCAAGAUGGAGUUGCGCGAGCACGAGCACGUGGUGGAGUGCGUGGCAUGGGCACCUGAGCUGGCGGCAGCGGCCGUCAAUGAGGCAGCCGGCGGCGACAAUCGCCGCGCCGCACACGUCGGGCCCUUCCUUACCAGCGGAUCGCGCGACAAAUCCGUCAAGAUCUGGGACGUGAGCACAGGACAGUGUCUAGCGACGUUGGUCGGGCAUGACAACUGGGUGCGCGGCGCGGCGUGGCACCCCGGCGGACGCUACCUCCUCACGGCGUCUGACGACAAGACACUACGCGUCUGGGACAUCGCACACACACGCUGUCUUAAGACUCUUUACGCGCACCAGCACUUCGCUACCAGCCUCGAUUUCCACAGGAGCUUGCCAUACGUGAUAUCAGGCAGCGUCGAUCAAACCCUCAAAGUUUGGGAAUGUCGCUAAGAGCGUUGCCAUUUUAUUAGUAACUUAAAACUCACCGAUGAUAUCUUUAUCAUUAUUUUCACUAGCUGCAAUGAGAGCAGUAUCAUUUGCGAUCUUAUUGGAUAAUCAUUUAGAAUGGAGAAAUAGUUUUGAUAGUUUAUUCUAACUUUUCACCCUUCUGCUCAUUGAUGUCUCUUCCCGUACAUAUGACGAUGCUAUGUCUGUUUAUUUCCAUAUCGGCAUAUUAAUAAGCCCUCUGGUUCACAUGCACAUUCCAUUAAAUUGUAAUGGCUCAUAGAUAGUUCUUUAUAUUUUAGCUAAUAUAAUAUUUCCGAUGUCUGUUGGUCAACUUCCGAGUAAUUACAUAGUGACGUAGCAUUCGUCAAGUACCCGAUCGGAACGUCGGAGUGAGGAGUAAAAGCUGUGUUAUAAUUUAACAUUUCAAUAUUCUGUUUUAUUUUGUAGUUAUUGUUUAUUCAUAAGCGAGUUUAGAUAUAAAUUUUAUUUCGUAUGAGUAGUUAGUAUGAUUUCUUAAAUGUCCACUCUAGAAAAACUUGUACCUUGAUUUGUUUAUUGAUAAUUUAGUUAUAUUAAAAAUGAUAUUUGAUGGGUAUUCAUGACAAAAUCAGUUAUGUUCAUAUGGAUCAUCGACAUUUUAUCAACCAAUGUAUUUAAUGCAGCUUUUGGUAUUUGUCUCACAUCGAUAUGUUAGAUUAUUCAUUGUGUUUGUUCGCGGGUGUGCCAACAGCAUUAAUGGAUGUCUGCCGAGGCAAAGAGCAUUCAAUAUCUAACACGAUUUAGUCAGUAGGCGAAGUAGGCGGGAGUUUUUUUUUAUAGAGAACACAAGUUUCAUAUAAGAACUUAUUUUAAGUUUUGGCGAUUCAAAACUUUAACUAUAAGUUAGAGCGUUAUAUUUUAAAGUUUUUAAUUAUUUAUUUAUAUCUUCAGUUUUAAUGUCUCAAACGGAAUUCUUCAUGUAGCUAUCGAAUUAAAUUGCUAGAGUAGUGUUUGUUAUGCAGACCACUUAACAUUGCAUUACAUUUUCAUUACGUUAACUGCUGAAUUUAAUAUGUAAGGCGUUUUCAUUUGCAUUGCAUUAUUCGAAUUCUACGUAAAUUAAAGUGUGUGAUAUAAUUAAUAUUUUUAAUUUUUUUCAAUCCUGUUUGAGGUAGCUAGAUUCAAAGAUAAAUGUUAAAUGAAGCCUAUUAUGUUCGAAUUGAUUAGUUAUUUAUUAUGGCAUUGAGAAAUUUGGUUGCCUGAUAUUUUAGUAGAAGUUAGUGGUAAUCGUAGUCUAGUAUGGUAUGGUCCUAUACUUAGAAGCUUUGCCGUAUUAGCGCAUGAACACUACUUAUAUUAUGUAUAAAGGACACUGGGCGCAAAGUCCUGCCCUAAUGUCACCAUGGUGACACACUUCAAAAUAGCAUUAAUUCAAAUCGAUCUUAGUUCCUUAUUCUAUGGUGUAUAGGACAAAGAAGCUAGUUUUUCACCAUGGUUAGGAGUAGUUGCAUUAAUCAUUGUAUCUGCUUAUCAAUGUAAAUUCUUACAUAGAAUAUGUCCGAGAAGGUUGUCUGAACGCUCUAUAAAAAUAAUUUCAGCAGAAACACAUAUUCUACACAUCGGGAAAACUACUUCUCACAUAAUUUUCUAGUCAUUAAUUAACAACUAGACUACAUAAGAACGUUCAUGUAAUAACGUGAACCGAUUUUGCAAAAGGUAAACUCUGCGUUUACACAACCUACUUGGUCACUAAUUGGCGAUCGUGAACUUAUAUGGCUUGCAAUCUAUAUCGUACGUUUUACAUUAAGAAUUUGUAUUACAAUUAUCGACUAAGAUUUACGCACUCAUGUCAUGAUAAUGCUUACAAGGAUAAAUACCGAUAUUUAUGUAUGUUUACAAGCAAAUUUCUCUUGGCCAGUCAUUACAAAACAUCACAGAAGGCGUCAAAAAUUGUUCAAGAGAAGUUUGUACU